AUGGCGCUGAUGAAAAUUACAUUUAACCAGAAGAAAAGAGUCAAAUUGGCCCAGGGGCUAUGGCUCAUGAAUUGGUUCUGUGUUCUAGCUGCCAUCGUCCUUUUCACCAUGGGAAUAUUCCUGAAAGUUGAGCUCCGGAAGCGAAGCGAGGUCAUGGAUAACGCUGAGAGCCACUUUGUGCCCAAUUCUCUCAUCUUUAUGGGUGUGGUGGCGUGUGCCCUUAACGUGUUUGCUGGAAAAAUCUGUUAUGAUUCACUGGAUCCCGGUAAAUAUGCAAAGUGGAAGCCCAUGCUGAAACCUUACCUGGCCUUCUGUCUGCUGUUUAACGUUUUCAUCUUCUUCAUUGCUGUGGUGUGCCUGGUAACCAGGGGGUCUUUGGAGAGCACCCUUUCUCAUGGGCUGAAGAAUGGGAUGCGUUACUACAAGGAUACAGAUACCCCAGGGAGGUGCUUUAUGAAGAAGACCAUAGAUUUGCUGCAAAUUGAGUUCAAAUGCUGUGGAAACAAUGGGUAUAGAGAUUGGUUUGAGAUUCAGUGGGUCAGCAACCGGUACCUGGAUUUUAGCUCCAAGGAGGUCAAAGACCGGAUUAAAAGUAACGUGGAUGGCAAAUACUUGAUGGAUGGAGUACCAUUCAGCUGCUGUAACCCCAGUUCACCCCGUCCAUGCAUCCAGCUCCAGGUGACCAAUAACUCGGCUCACUACAGCUAUGACCAUCAGACAGAAGAGCUGAACAUGUGGAACCGGGGCUGUAAGGAAGCGCUGCUCAACUAUUACACCAGCAUGAUGAGUUCCAUGGGGGCCCUGGUGCUUCUUGUCUGGCUAUUGGAGAUGACGGUCAUGAUUGGGCUGCGGUACUUGCAUACGUGUCUGGAAGGCCUUGAAAACCCUGGGGAUCCCGAAUGUGAAAGUCAGGGCUGGCUGCUACAAAAGAGCCUGAAAGAGACAGUCGCCUCUUUCUGGGAGUUCCUGAAAAAUAUGACUAAGAUGAACAAGGUGGAGAGCGCAGACGGAGAAGACAAGGCUCCAGCGGUCACCACAGUCAGCUGA